CGUGGCGCGUGGGCGGCUUCGCGCUGGUGUCGCAGUGGGACGUGGGCGCGAGCGUGGCGGCGCUCGCCGCGCUGCGCCUGGCCGACCAUCAGGACCCGCGCGCCGCCGGCAGCGAGCACGUGGUCGUGUGCGCGCGCAUGCGCGCCAAGCUCGUCUCCGAGGUGCGCGACAACGUCGACAAGCUCAAGAAGGUACCCGAAGAGUGUCUUGCCUGCAUGGCGGCGGUCUGCCGGACCGUGAGUUUAGCCAACCUGCACAUGGUCUUCCCGGAGCCCACUUACUAUCGGCAAACGCGAGAAAUGCCGACUUAUGCCAGCUCUUAUGUCGAGCAAUACCUCGAACGCGUCUUGCGGCCCGUGUUGUUGGCCGUUGCCACGCUCCCGCAAACCGUGCAAGAAACUAUUUGCUGCAUGACUGUCCGCAUCAUGUGUGAAGCUUGGUUGGACCAUAUCUACAUGCACCGCAUCAAGUUCACUAAUUCCAGAAUAUUGGCUUCCACUGCCAACGGAGGAAGAAUACGAGCUCUGGCUACCACCUGCGACGAAUCCUUGGCUGCUCCAGGAAGUCUGCUUGCUCCAGUGCGACGUGGCAGAACCAGCCGCAGACUGGGUUUGGGACGACUCGGCGGCAUGUAAUGUAGGCGAUCGCCAAUGGAUGGGUUUCAUUGGAAGCAUGUCUCCGCCUUGGAACUGAUAUUCGGUGGGAGUCUGCCUCGCAGCGUAGCUGUCCUCUCCGUCGUCUGCAAUGUAGCGGCGAUUCCGCAUGCAUAUGCUCAAACAUUUGCAUUCCUGUGGACAGAGGAAAAGAUUAUUAUUUAUGAAUUUAAAAAAAUCAUAAAUAAUAUUGUGUAA